AUGACUAGAAAAGAUAAUAGAAAGAAGAAGGCUCAAAGAAGGAAAAAAAAAUUGACUAAUAAGAAGAAUGAAAAUGAUAGUAUUGAAAAUGAUCCAAUAAAACAACAGCCUAUAUUGGUCACAACAAAGGACAUACCCCCAAUUACACCUAGUGCGGAUACAGGCGUUGCUACUACCAUUAUUCCACAACAACAUACGUCCGUUUCUUCUAGAAGAUCAAGUCAUACAGCCGCAUUAAGAAUGGAUCCAAGACCAUUGUUACAUAGUGACAAUAAUAAUAUUACUAAUAAUACGAAUACUAAUGGUUCAUUAUAUGGUACUACACCAAUAAAACAACAAUCUCAAGUAGCAAUGAACAUGUCUAAUUCAGGAUCUCCCUCGAUAUCUAAAUCUGCAUCAUUUGAUGUAAAUAAUCCGACUCAAGAUGUUGUCGAUCAAGUAUCUAAAUAUUUAUCACCAUCAACAAAUGAUUUAAGUCUACCAGGUGGUGAUAUUACAAGAGAUUUAUAUAAAUGGAAAAAUGAUCAUCCACCAAUUAUGGAAAAUAAUAAUAAUAAUAUUGUUAAUACUAAUAUUAAUACGAACUUAGCACAUUCUCCUAUUAGAUCUGCGAAUUUAUUUCCAGAAAAUGGUACUACAAAUGGUAAUGCUUAUCAUAGGAAACGGUCAAUGAGUUUCUCCGCUUUAUCAAUAAAUUCAAGUACUUUGAAUAGUUUGAUAUUACCAACUCCUCAAGGUCAUCGUACAUAUAGUGGAACUAAUAAUAAUAAUAAUAAUAGUAAUAUUACUACUAAUGGUAAUAGUAACGGUCCUGUAAUAAUGACACAUGAAGAAAUUAGAGCACCAGGUGGAUUUAGAAGAUCUUAUAUUUUACAAUCUCGUAGAAAGAAAAAUUUAAGAACACCAGAUUUUUUCACUCGUAAUUUUAUCGAAUUUUUAACACUUUAUGGACAUUUUGCAGGUGAAGAUUUGUCUGAUUCUGAUUCUGAAAGAGAAGAAGAUGGAGAAGAAGAUGAAACCGAUAUUACAGAUUUGGAAGUUCUUGAAUCAGAUAAUGAAUCGACAAGUUUAUUAUUGACUGAAACAACAUCACAUCAUGAAAAACAUAAAUCGACAACAUUUAAAGCUGUUCUAUUACUAUUGAAAUCAUUCGUGGGAACGGGUGUACUGUUUUUACCAAGAGCAUUCCAUAAUGGUGGUUGGGCUUUUAGCUCGGUGUGUUUGUUGUUUUGUGCUUGGAUCUCAUAUUAUUGUUUCGUAUUAUUGAUUAAUACUAAGAAUAAAAUUAAUGUUAAUGGGUACGGUGAAAUGGGAUAUACCCUAUAUGGGAAUCCAAUGAAAUACGCUAUUUUGUCAUCUAUAACUUUAUCACAAUUAGGUUUUUCAGCAGCAUAUACUGUCUUCACUGCAACAAAUUUGAAAGUAUUCGUUGAUAAUGUCUUUGGGUUUGACAAAGAACAAAUACAUCUAGCAUUGUAUAUUAUACUACAAGCAAUUAUAUUUAUUCCAUUAUCACUGACUAGAAAUAUUGCCAAAUUGAGUGGUACCGCACUGAUUGCAGAUUUAUUUAUUCUCUUGGGGUUGUUAUAUGUCUAUUAUUAUGCUUCAUACCAUGUGGUAACGAAUGGGAUUGCUCAAUCAAUAAUACUCUUUAACAAGAAAGAUUGGUCACUGUUUAUCGGGACUGCAAUUUUCACAUUUGAAGGAAUUGGAUUGUUGAUUCCAAUUCAGGAAUCUAUGCGUCAUCCAGAAAAAUUUCAAAAAUCAUUAUCUGGUGUAAUGGUCAUAGUCACCGUAAUAUUUAUCUCAUGUGGGUUGAUCUGUUACUGUGCAUUUGGUUCUCAAGUCGAAACUGUUGUGUUAUUGAAUUUCCCACAGGAUAGUCCAUUAACAUUGACGGUACAGUUACUAUACGCCUUGGCAAUCCUUCUUUCUACACCUUUACAAUUAUUCCCUGCCAUUAGAAUCCUAGAACACCUGACUUUCCCAGCUAAUGCAUCGGGAAAACAUAACCCGAAGGUAAAGUGGCUCAAGAAUUAUUUUAGAACGUUCGUGGUCAUUCUAUCGGCAACUAUGGCUUGGAUCGGUGCCAAUGAUUUAGAUAAAUUUGUUUCGUUAGUUGGGUCUAUGGCUUGUAUCCCUCUGAUAUAUAUACACCCACCAUUAUUGCAUUUCAAAGCUACGAUGCUAGAUAAUUCUUCACAAAUGAACACAAGAAAAAAGUUGGAAAUGGUGCUUGAUAUAGUGUUAUGUAUCUUUGGGGUCAUUGUCAUGGCUUACACCUCUUGGCAGACUAUUGUCAUGUGGGUUUCUUGA